GUAGAAGGACAGACAGCUAGGCAACAGCAAAAUCAUAGAUGCUUGUUUGCUGUCCCAGAAGGGACAGACAGUCAGAAAUCCCUUUUCACGAUUUGACCAAUCAUGGCUCGCUCUCCCUCAGCGCUCAUUCGCUUGUUGACGUGUGGAGCGGUGCGGUGUUGGCGAGCGAGUGCUGCUAAGUGGGCAUGUCUGGCGGCUAUGCUGCGCUAAGGACGCAGUCAGAUGCGAGAAGGGAAAGGUGCCUCCCCUGAUCAUGAGGUCUCGCUGGACGAGGGUCAUGGAACAUGGACCGUGGACCAUAUGCAUGGCAGAGUGGCCGUUGGAAACGAGUGAGCGUGAGUGCAGCCAGUGCUGGGGCGACGGAAUUGCCUCUGGUGCAUGCAUGAUGGUUUCUGGAAUUGCAUGGGCUGUACGUACAUUUCACAAAGGGAUGGGGAGGGUGGCCGUGGCCAUCUCAGCAACGGUAAGCGACUGGGAUCAUGGGAUAUCGGGUCACCGAGAUCGAAAUCCCGCAGACAAAGUCGAGAGGGUCUUUGAGGGAGCAUGGAGACGGCCAGGGGAGAUGAACGCAUCAGGAAUCGCAUCCCUGCUAGCCUUUGCUAUCUCGUCUUCUUUCUUUGCGCAGCCGCCUCUCGAUUGGCGUCGAGUGCGUUAAGACAAGGAUUAUUUAACCGCGCGGGUUUCGAGAGGGUGCAUUGUGCGCGCACUGGUGCUGAUUGGGGAGCAACGGAGGAGAGGGUGAUGGGACGAGGCUAAGCAGGGGAGGGGCCAGCGGGUAGAAGG